AUGCUAAUCGAAGGAGCCGUGCAGGUUCGUAGAGACUUCCCAGGCUUCUCCAAGAUAGAAAGGGCAACAACAUCAAAUCAUUGUGAGACCAAGACUUCGAGAAUUGAAGGGUUUGAUUACUCGAGUGAUGUUGCAACAGAAGAAUCGGUUCUUGAAUCUAAUGGAGAAAACAAAGAUAAACAAAACCAGAGUCGUAGUACAUGCUCGACAAAAGCGAGAAAUACGAGCCUGGUAAUGCAGGGAAGAUUGAGUUUACAUUACUCAACCAAGGAAGUUGAGAGAGAUGUUGUGGAUAUCUCAAAGAGAGUUAUUGUUUCUGGACUCGCAGCUAAGUCGAAAUGCCCUUGGAGACAACCGAAGAAACGUGGUUCAAGACAGGAUAAGAGAAGAUUAGAGGUUUCAGAUUAG